AUGGAUCAGCCACAGGAGCGGAGAUAUUCUUUCCAGACACGCAUCUUCAGGAACAGCGGAGGAAAGGCUGAUUACAUUCCUGGCAUGCCAACUAUGUAUAUCACAUCGGGUUAUGUGUUUGAAACUGUUGCGACGUUUGUCAAUCGCUACAAUACAAGCAAACGUCACUGGGAAUACCUUGCACGGGCAGAGAGCUUCAAGGACUCACCUGUUACAAAAGACAAUUUAUGUGAGCUUGGUCAGUUGACAAUACCAGCGGGUGUCAACAAACAUAGUUGGAUCAAGCCGAGUGAAGACUGGUUCAAGGAACGUCCUGACAUCUAUGAAUACUGGGUGAGCAAGAUGAAGAGUUUUCGCGGAGGAGAGGAAAUUAUUGAGGCCGAGGCGCUUAGUGACGCUUUUAGGAAUGAUCCCGAUUCCACCUUUAUCCACGUCACCAAGCAUGAAAUAGGCAAGAACUUAUAUAUUCUCGAGCCUACAUUGGGAAACGGCCCCAGUCAACCAGUACUUCCACCCAGUCGAGCUCAACAGAGUGUACAGCCAUCUCUGAAAACUGCUGGCUUCUUAUUGGCAAAGCCGAAUCGAACUCCUGAUCUUCAAAGACACAGCAAACUCAACGUCGAUCCCAUCAAUCCCAAUACAUCGUCUAGUAUUUCCCAACUUUCGAUGACAAACCGCGCCAGUCAAUUGUUGCCUCGAUCAAAUGGCAAUCAACAGAUUGUACAACAGAUUGUACAUUCAGCUGCUAACACUACCGGAUUUUCAUCAGCGACGCCAGUUCAAAUACAUCACCGUCGAAAUCGUAGCAGAUUCAGUGACGAUCCUAUAGAUUCCGAUACAUCUUUCUGA